AUGUCAAUAGACGACUUCUUACUUCCCAAACGCACGCGCGGAACCGAUUAUCGUAGCAGGCUCAUUGUUAUUUCCGACAGCGAGAGCGACUCUGAUUUGCCGCCUCCGUCUUUGUUAUUGCAAGAUCAUAAAGCCGCCGGUCCGGCUCCCAACGUUGCGAGCACUAGCUCGACAGAUGAAAUCAUCAACAUAUCCUCUGACUCGGAAGUAGAAAGGACACCCACAAAGUCUCAUGGAAGCAAACCACCAAGUGACCAUGGUCUUUCGGGAUUCAAUGCAACCAGCUCAACAUCUAAUGCUAUUUCAGUUCUAACUCGUAGCCUCCAAAGCACGCACUCCCUUCAGACGGAUAGUAGCCCCGACGAAGUCAAUCCUACGGCGCAUUCUCAGUCUGAUAAAGCUGCCUCGAGCCAACCGACCGGGUCCAAUGAUACGGAAAGUGAGGUGAACGAAACUAGAUUAUUUGACAAGGAUGUGUACCACCCCGGAAUCCUCCGUUUCGACCCCGGUCCCCGCAGACCAGCCCUCGUUAAUUCUCUCCCGGGUACUUCAAUUUCAACCCAGAAAGAAUCGGAUGGUCCGCAGAAUUUGCGUGCGAAGGGCAAAACACGGGCGAUAAUUCUGGUCGACAGUCUUGGCGAGAGAUACUUUGCCGAACACCCUGAAGACCUGGGAGGAAUGUAUUCAACAAAGUCUUCGAAAGUAAACAGUAUUGAGAAUGCCAAUAGUUGCGAAGGCUAUGGUCCGGUUCAGACCGAUAUCAGCGAGAUUACCGCCCCUCCUGAAACGCCCCGCCCUCGUCCUCGACCCAAACCCAAACCCAAGGCGCCAUCAGCGGUCUUGGCCUCGGCGUCGGUGCCAGCAAUGUCAUCCAAAAUCAAGUUGAACGAUAGUGUAUUUGAUGGGAAACUUCCAAGCGAAUGCCCAAUAGAGUGGUCCAAGAAGCUAAACACGACGGCUGGUCGAGCACAUUGGAAAAGGAUCCGCGAUGCCAAUGGGAGGGUUACGCGUCAUGACACACGCAUUGAAUUAUCAACCAAAGUAGUCGAUUGUGAAGGUUUCUUCCGUUCUUCUCCCUCGUACGGGAUCAAAGAGAGCAAGCGAAUCAUGAAGGCUAGACCUGACAUUUCCAUAUCAGUCAGUGCAUUCCUGUUUUCCGGCCUCACAUACUGGCAACUGAUACCACCGGGAUUACACAUGAAUAGACCUGUCAUUCGUAUGAGAUAUCCUACAAAUACGAAUGGAAAUGUUCCUCAGAAGAAUGUGGAAGAACAUAUGGUAGACACAGCAAGUCAAUUGACCCCGAAAAACAAGCAUGUGGCGCCUGCCGCAGCAAGCUUAUUCCACAGUUUGAAACAUCAUCCAAGCGAACGGCUUUUCAAGGCACGUGUUGUGUCGGUUGAUUAUCUCAAGUUACACAUGAAGGAGUUUAAAGCUGCAAACCCUGGGAUACAACAUGGAGAGGUAAUGAAACGUCUUGGCGAAAUGUUCCGAGUGGAAAAAGAUGCUGCAGUUGAUGAAGAGUUGGAUCAAGUUAUGGCUGGGGUGGCAGGACUGGGGAUCGAGUCGGUCGUCGACUAA